UCGGGGAUAGAGGACCAAUCAUCGGGCUUGUCACAUAAAACAAGGCAAGAUACAACGAGAAACACCGAGCAAACAACACCAUCUAUCAGGGAAGUCACAGAGAAUCACGGAUCACCGACCCAUUCGGCCCCCCUACCAGGAACAACCACUGGUGAAGCAGAUGCAAUCAAAGGAAAUGACUGUUCAGGCAUGACCAACAUACUCCUAUUGAGAUCCGGUGACGUAGAACGAAACCCUGGUCCAAAUGAUAACCCUGGAAGUCUGACCGAGCUCGAGCUCUAUCUCCUUGCCGACGGUAUGGAUUCAUCAGAUUUCAGGAAGGUCGGACUAGCUUUAGGAUUCUCUGAGGCUCAACUAAGUCGAUUUGAGAAAGACAAGCUUGGCGACUCCAUGCAUGCUACCUAUCAGAUGCUUUACGAAUGGCGGAAGACAGUACGUGAUAGCGAGGCGAGGGAGACAUUGGUCGACACUUUAGAAAGCAUUAAGUUGGUACAGCUUGCUGAUAGUGUACAAAAAGGUCAGGUUGGUGAUGACAUACCCUCAAUGACAGAGGCGGAAAUCAAGCGGGUUGCUGAAGAUGUCAAACGCUAUUUGGCAAUUGACCUCUGUCAGAUUCAAGCCGAUCCACUGAACAGCGAACUCCUACUUAAAUUUGAACGGAUCUUCACCAAUCUAACGUUGAUGGAAGAAGACAAAGGUACCAAGCACAAGACACCGCUUCUAUACGGCGACCUCCUCAGGACCGAAGUCAGCGGAAUCUAUCCUAAACGCUUGUUGGUGGAAGGUGAAGGUGGUGUGGGGAAAACCACUCUUUGCGCCAAGAUCGCUUGGGAUUGGAUCCACGGAAAAGGAUACCAAGAUUUCAAACUUGUUCUUGUCGUCCUACUUCGCGAGGCAAAGGACAAGACUGUUGGAGAGAUAGUCAAGUCUUAUCUCCCAAAAGAUAAUCCUGUCACAGCCAAGAAGCUAAACAAGUACGUCCUCUCAAAUCCAAAGGACGUCUUCCUUGUCCUGGACGGCCUGGAUGAGUUUGCUGUCGAUCUUAACAGCAUUCAGCAAAUCGCUCUGAUCACUCUCAAUCGGCUGUUCGAGUCAGGGACAGUACUAAUCACAUCACGGCAGUGGAGAUCAGAUGAGAUUAGGAAAAAUGCCAAACUCAGAAAGGUAUUUGCUUUCAUUGCUGUAGAAGGUUUUUCUGCUGAAAACCUCUCUUCCUACAUCACCAAGUUCUUUCAUCCAGACACAGCUUCCUCUGAAGAUCUGAACCGAUUCAUAUCAAACAACGAUGUGAUCAGAGAGAACAUGGCCCCCUACCCCAUAUACACAGCCAUGCUGUGCAUCAUGUGGAAAGAGUUUGAUGGAGAGCGCCGAGAGGCAAUGUCCAAGCUGCAAACAUUUUCCCAGCUCUUCAAUGAGAUGAUUGACUUUUUGGUUGAUCAUUACCUAUCGAAGCAGAUGCCAUCAUGUAUUGUUGAAGGCAAAUUGAGGGAGCAUCGUUCAGAGAUUCAUCAUCACCUACUUCAGAUAGGCCACAUUGCCUUCAAGGGACUUCUUGAGAGACGGCUAGUAUUCACAGAAGAAGAGUUUCAGAGUUAUCCAGAGUCCAUCGAUGUAGGUUGUAAAGUUGGUGUACUCACAAGAGAAAGGAAAGUUCUUCCGAGGAGAGACAGAAGAAAUAAUCUGAUUUCAGCAGUUCAAUCGGUACAGUUCGCUCAUAAGCUCUUCCAGGAAUAUCUAUCAGGAAUGUAUCUUGCAUCUCUUUACAACUCAGACCGUAAUGAGUAUCACUGGUUGAUAGCGAAAAUCAUAACGGACGCAAGAGAAUACCGGUACCUACUGUACUUCACCUCGGCCCAGCAGAAGGAGGUCGGAUUGAAUAUCGUAUCUCGUCUCACAGCAAGACAAAGAGAGCGAAGACAUGAUGAUAACUUCGUCGUAGAUGUAGCAUACGAGAGCCAAGACCAAACAGUGGCCAAAGCAGUGGCGGAUCAUCUCUCCUCUGAGUAUAGCAACACACUAGAGAUCACUGAUGAGAUGCAGGCACACACAGUAUCAGGGCAUAUCUUCAUCAUGAAUCAUCGUCAAGUGGUAAGACUUAGGAUGACGUCGUUUGGUUUGAACACUUGA